AACUCUGAUUUUGAAAAUGACGGUGGCGGGUACCGUCUGUCACGUGACACGCACAACAUUAACUGAUGACGUUUUGCUCAAGAUGUCUGACUCGGCGAAGAUAGAGUUUGCUGUUCAAAUGACAUGUCAGAAAUGCGUGGAUGAAAUAAAGAAAAACCUGAAUAAUGUAAAAGGAAUACAGUCACUUGAAAUAAAUCUUGAGAAGGAACAGGUAAUAGUAGAAACCAGUCUUCCAUCAGAAGAGGUCAAACAGCUUCUAGAACAGAGUGGGAAGAGGGCUGUUAUAAUGGGUUAUGGCUCAGGAAGUGUAUCACAGCAUCUUGGUGCAGCAGUGGCUAUGAUAGAAGGUCCAGUCAGUGUGAAAGGAGUGACCAGACUAGUGCAGAUAGAUGAAAACAAGUGUGUUAUAGAUGGUACAUUAGAUGGGCUGACUCCUGGAAAAAAUCAGCUGUCAAUACAUGAGUUAGGAGAUAUUUCAUUAGGAUGUGAAAGCUGUGGAAAGAUAUAUAACCCCCCAAAUUCAUCUGAUAAAAAGCCAAUUGGAGAUCUAGGCCAAGUGCUGGCAGAUGAAACAGGCCGCGCUGUGUUUAGGAUGGAGAGUGACAAGAUAAAGGUCUGGGAUGUCAUAGGCAGGUCCAUGAUCAUAGCUGGAGCAAAGGCCUCAGUAUUAAGCAGGAUGGGCUGUGGCAUAAUAGCAAGAUCAGCUGGCCUCUUUCAAAACUCAAAAAAGAUUUGUGCCUGUGAUGGAGUUGUUCUUUGGGAUGAAAGAGAUGUGCCUAUUGCUGGAGCUGAAAGGUCGACCAAAGCUGCACAUCGGAUUGGAGAAAAUUAACCUGUUGCAGUUUUUAAAGAUUUUCACCAGAAAGUCAAUUACAGUGUAUGAAGCACAGUGGGAAUUUUCUAAGAUCUUGCCUACUGCACAUAGAGGCACCACUGUUUCUUAGACAUUAAAAUUAAAAUGAUCGGAACAAUGCUUGAGAACAUUUUGGAACAGGUGUUGAGUGUUCCAAAACAAUGGUUCAGCAUUGGGUUCACAGAAGGUGCUAAAGUACUCAACUUCAAUAUAAUAUUACAGACAUUGACUGUACACAAGUAUGAGUUUUGUACUUUCACCUUGGAAUAAUGAAGACAUACAUAUAGAAUUGUUCUGCUUUGCUUUAAAAGUUUGUCUCUUUUGAGGCUUGGCUUUUUUAUUUUUAAGGCUUUCUAUUCAUUGGGAAGCAUUUAUACUUUGUGAUGGAAAAAUUCCUUCAUUUCUCACUUGCAAGAUGGAAGGGGAAGCACUUUAUCAUGCUAUGUUUGUGUUCUUUCAGAAUGCUUCAUGGGGAGCAAAAAAAAAUAAAAGUGGAUGAUUUGUAGUCUUUUUGGACUGAAUUGAGAAGUACAAGUGCUUUUGGGCAUGUAAAGCAAGAUUGAGAUCGACAGAUAUCUUGUAAAUAAAGACAUUGUCAAAUA